AUGUAUAUUUUGCAGAGUGCAAAGGCAGACGUUGAAAUAAAUAUCACAACAGAAAUAUUACCAAGCAUAAAUAGUAAUAAUAUAGUGUUGCCAUGGAAAUUGGUUAGAAUUGAUAUUCAACAAUUAAAUGUUAAGGUUGGUCACCAUUUUGAUUUUGAAGAAGAUGGACAUGAAAGAAGUUAUAAUCAGCAUGUUAAGAGUGAAAAUAAAACUCAGUAUAAUGUUUAUUUAGUAAGAGAAACAGACCAAUUUGUUAUUCCCUUUGGAAAUGUUAAUGCAAUAACUGUCAUAGCUUUACUCAGAAUGGGUUUAAUAGAACAACAAAUAGAAUUAUGUUAUAAGAAAUUUCUACACCUACCAUUGUAUGAGGAUAUGGCAACAUGGAAUAUAGUAUUCCGUCAUGGUAAUUUGGAAUAUAUAGAUUUUGAUACCAAAAAUACAUUCUAUGAUAAAAUAGUUCCAUCAGCAGCUCAGAUAAUUGCAGUAUUAAUAAAUUAUAAAAGAACACUGUUAGAUCUUGAUAAAUGUGGUGAAAAAGCAGAAACUAGUUUAGGAUUCAAUUAUAUAUCAGAAUGUGUUGGUAGUGAGUUUAAUGGACCCUGUCCAGAUCUGGCCUACCAAGUACCUUGUGGUGAUCAUACUUGUAGAUCUUCUUAUAUUGACUGUCUUCAAGCAUUAUUAGCCUACAACAAGCAUCCUGAAGUUAAAGGGAAGAGUUUACAUCAAGACAAAUAUUCACAAUGGUCUUUUAAUAAAUUGGGUGCUAUUAAAAGAAAGAACAAAUUAAUUUGA